AUGAAGAAGUUUUUCCAUUCGGAUUGCUGUAGGCCCUCUGAUAAUGGGGAUAUCAAUUUACCAAACCGCCCUGCUGCUCCGUCAUAUCGGCCAGGAGAUAGAGUUAUGAUCAGAGAGGAGAUACCAUGCAGGGUUGUGAGCAAUGGGAUGAAGAAUAGCGGACAAAUAGUAAAUGGUUCCUCUAUGGUGGAUAUCAGAUUUACGUAUCGAGUUAGAUUAGUCGAUAGGACAGAACAGAGUGUUCACGAGCCGCACUUGCGAAUGGCAAACGACAACGAUGCCGGUCCGUUCCCGGAUAUGCCCUGA